CGAGCCAUGCGAAGUGCGAUUUCAAUCUGCGCGUUGGCGCUUCUCUCGUGUGCGAGCGCCUCGACGCACGGAGCACUUCGAAGUGAGUCUCUCGUCUCUGUCUACGGCCAGUGCGGUGGUCGAGGGUACGCCGGUGCGACGACCUGUACCUCUGGCAACACGUGCGUCUACAUCGCCUCGACCUACUCGCAGUGCCUGCCCACACCGCCGACAAGCACCGAGUUUGCGACGUAUGCGCAGUGCGACGGAAGCAACUUCAAGACCAACGGCAAGACGUGUCGGCCCAACGACAUGUGCUACAAACUAACGUCGUUGCUCUCGCGAUGCUACCCCAAGAAAUCCGAGUAGGCCCAUACCAAGGUCUUGGAGGAGCCAGAGAAAACUGCAGCCUCCAACACAUCCGUGUAGUAGUGGUACGAACGAGAUACCGUUCUCUAGUUCAAUACAAUCCAUGUUCAG